AUGGAACGUUCACAGUCUAACGACCAGCCAUCGUCUUCAGACAACAAUCAGGUUGGGUAUCCUGUGGAAGAUAUACGUAUUCUUACGCCAGAGGUGAGUUAUUUCUGUUUUUAUGAAAUGAAAAUCAUAAAAUUAUUUUUUUCAGAAUAGUUCUUGGGAAUUCAGAAGAGCUAGAGCUCGCCAAGACAGACGCAAGGCUAACAAAGCCGCCAGAAAAGCUCGAAAACGUGCUCGCCAGGUAAAAAUUUGACAUUUUUGUCUGAAAAAUUGCUGAAUUUCAAACAAAAUCGAUACAUUUUUUUUGCAGAACGAAGUUCAUUCAACAGCAGUUCAUGGUUAUUUUUAUGGUGAUAUCCCACGACCUGAACCACUGCAAUCCGAACAUAUGGACUUGGCUAUGAGAUUGGCAGCACCUUGGGGAAUGUCGGCAAGUGAUCGAAGAAAGCUUGAGGCUGAAGCUAAGGUAACGAUUUUUGAUUUUGAAAUUUAUUUUUAGUUCAGAAAAAACUCUCAAAAAAAUAGCAUUUUCCAUAUUAUAAAUAAAAAUUAUGUUUUUUUUCAGGCCGCAAACUUUGAACUCCCGAAAAAUUUUGGCGAUUUUACUGGCGAAUCGAGUGAUGUGAGACAUACUGAACAACCACGCGGACAUAAGCUUAUGCCAUCUGGUAGACACAAAACACAAAAGAGUUUGGAUUUUAAGGUAAAUUUUCUGGUUUUUUUUGAAUAGGGAAAAUGCUUAAGCAGGAAAUUUAGAACAUGAGCUUAGAGAUGAGAUAUUUUUUGAAUGUUUGACUUUCCUAGAUUCUAGAUGACUCAAAAAAAAAAGAUCUAGAUUUUUUAUGAGAUCAGAUUUCAACUACAAUUAAAAAAUCAAUAAGUUUUUUUUCAGAAUCGAGACUCGCGGUGGGAUCAAAGUACUUCCGGAACACAACGAUUUGAAAGUUUGGAGUCACCAAUGAAAAUCAGAAAGAUCGAGAGACCACAAUACAAGGCUGAUCAUAAUUCGGAACAAUCUGAGUCCUCAUCGAGUACAAUUCGCAAAAGUUGUAAAAAUGAAGGCACUUUGGCUGAUCUUGAAAAAACUGCUGGAGCGUCCAAAUCUGUUGGAAAAUUCAACAAGGAUAAUCGUGUAUUGGACUCAGGUGAGGCAUUUUUCUAGAGAGGGUUCUGAAAAUAUACGAACUUUUUGCGGGCUUCUAAAUAUUAUUGAAAAAUUCCUAGAGCCUCUGAUUUUUUUCAGAAUGCUAAAGAAAAGGUUCUUGAACUUACAGAAAAUUCUCCAAGCCUUUUAGAUUUUUUCGAGCUUCCCAAUAAUCCUCCAAAUAGUUUCCGGGCUUCUAAAAAAUUCUGAAACAAUUCCUAAACUUUUUUGAUUUUUCUAGGUUUUCUAGAGAGUUCUAAAAAGAAUCCUAGAUUUCUCCCACAGUUUUUUAAAACAAAAAUUAUAUUUUCCAGAAAUUGAUGAAUCAUCCGAAACGUAUUCAAGAUGGAGAAACAGUUUGUCAGUUUCGUUGAACACGACACCGAUAAAAUCCGAGCGUCCCAAUGUAAAAUCUGGUGGUUCUGCUGAAAGAUCAGCCUCAUCUUCAGAAGCUUUUCCACAAGAUGUUCCGGGAAAACCAACUUUGUGCCAUCUCGAAACACCUUUGAAGCGUUUUGGAUAUUGGAAACAGGAGGAAGAUCAGCCGAAUUCAGGUGAGAAAUUUUUUUAGAUCUUGGCGGCUUGAAAAAUCUUUUUGGAUUUUUCUAGAUUUUCUAGAAAGCUCAAAAAAAGAAUCCUAGAUUUCCGAAACUUUUAAAAAUAAAAAAAAAAAUUAUUCCAGAAAUGGGUAGCUCGUCAAGCAAAUGUUCAACUUGGAGAGAUCCACAUUUUCAAGAAGCAACAUCUGGAUUCACCAUAAAACCGAUGAAAUUGGAAUCGUCUUCGUCGAAAAAUUUGGCAGUUCCCCGUGAGGCUGAAAAAGUUGUAUUCAGCUUUGCUAAAGCUGCUGAACAAAUCACAACGGGAUCGUCAAAAGUAGCCGUCUCAUCUGAAUUCACAAAUGUUGAUAUUGCUUCAACUACAAAUCAAUCGGAACAACUCCAUGCAGAAACAAAUAUGCAGAAGAAUCUCCCGUCAACAUCCGAAAAUUUGAAUGUUCAAAAUGAACGAAAGAGAGUCUCAUUCAAACUCGAAACACAAACUCGACCAAAUCCAACAAAUGCUUUCUCUGAAUUUGCCGGAAAAUCAAUCAAGAAGGAAGUCGAAUGUGUUGUCGAGUUUGAAAAUGUUGGAAAUCAAAAGGGUUUUGCAAAUUCGACAAGAAGUUUUGACAUAAAGCCACAGGUAACAAUUUUUUUGUUGUAUAAAACAUUUAGCCAAUAUUUUUUCAGAUUGCGAAGUUAGCUUAUCCAGAAAAUUUUGCCAAAGUUUAUGGAAAAUCGACUGAUGAAACUGCAAAACACUCGGAACAACUCCACCAAGAAUCAAAUAUGCAAAAGAGUUUGCUAGCAUCUUCCGAACAUUUGAAUAUUCAAAAUGAAAGUCAGCCGGUCUCAUUCAAUUAUGAAACACAAUCUGGACAGAAUCCAACAAAUGCUCUGUCUGAAUUUGCAGGAAAAGCAAUCAAGACGGAAGUCGAAUGUGUUGACGAAUUUGAAUAUGGUGGAAAUCAGAAGGGUUUUGUGAAUUCACCAAGAAGUUAUGACAUAAAGCCACAGGUAAAUUUUUUUUUGUUAUGGGGUGAUUCAGGUUGAAAAAAAAAUAAUAAAAAAACAUUUUUUGACAAAAAAUUUCGAUUCAGCAAAUGUCAAAAAACUAUAUUUUUUUCUUAUUUUUUGACAUUUUUUUACAUUGCAAUAUUUUCGCUGCGAGAUAUUUUUCAUUUUUGUGUGGAAAAAAAUGUCAAAAAAUAAGAAAAAAAUAUAGUUUUUUGACAUUUGCUGAAUCGAAUUUUUUUGUCAAAAAAUGUUUUUUUAUUAUUUUUUUUUCAACCUGAAUCACCCCAUUAGAUAUAUUACAUCAUUCAGCUUUAUAAAACAUUUAGCCAAUACUUUUUCAGAUUGCGAAGUUAGCUUAUCCAGAAAAUUUCGCCAAAGUUUAUGGAACAUCGACUGAUAAAACUGCACAACACUCGGAACAACUCCACCAAGAAUUAAAUAUGCAAAAAAGUUUUCCGGCAUCUUCCGAACAUUUGAACAUUCAAAAUGAAAGUCAGCCAGCCUCAUUCAAUCACGCAACACAAUCUGGACAGAAUCCAACAAAUUCUUUCUCUGGAUUUGCAGGAAAAUCAAUCAAAAUAGAAGUCGAAAGUGCUGACGAUUUUGAAUAUGGUGGAAUUGGAAAGGGUUUUGCAAAUUCGCCAAGAAGUUUCGAACAUUUGAAAGUUCAAAAUGAAAGAAAACCAGUCACAUUCAAUUUUGCGGCACAAAAUCAACAGACUGCAACAAAUUCUUCAAACGUCGAAGGAACUUGCUCUGGAUUUGCCAAAAAAUCAAUCAAGAAGGAAAAUGAGAGUGUUGGAAGUGUUGUAUUUGAUGAAACUCGGAAUAUUGUGCCAAGUUCUCCACACAGAUAUGAAAUGAAACCGCAGGUAAUUAUUUUUUUUUUGUUAAAUAUAUCUGGGGAUUUUAAAACAUUCAGCCAAUAUUUUUUUUCAGAUCGCAAAGUUUGCUGUUCCAAAAAAUGCCGAGAAAAUUGGUGGCACAUUGACUGAUGUUUCUGAAACUGCAAAACAAUCUGAACAACUCAACGAAGAGAAGCCAACCACUUCGGGAACAUUGAAUGCAAGCAGAAAUGAAUGA